AUGGAAAUAGAAGAGUGUAUUGCGGUGUGGUAUUUAUUAAAUAAUAAGAAGAAGAAACUAAAAAGGAGACGUAGUUUGUGGGUUCAUCCCAUGUUGGGAUUAAGAGAAAGCAAAGGAACGUACCUGGCGACUGGUUGCUCCCUUACUGAGCUACAUUAUAACUACAGAGUUGGAAUUUCAACAGCGAGCGAAAUAAUUCAGGAAACAUGCAAGCUAAUUUGGAUAUUUAUGAAAGAACAAUGUAUACCAAAGCCCACACGAGAAAAAUGGUUAGAAAUCGCAGACGGUUUUUUGAAAAAUGCAAAUUAUCCACACUGUUUGGGUGCCAUAGACGGAAAACAUAUCCGGGUAAAUAAUUACGUAAUCGACCAACUGUGCAACCCACCUCGCUCUGAUCUAUCGACCCUGUUUGUGGUAUUGACGUACAUCCUGUCGACGAUGACGAUCCUGGUCCGAGGUUCUUCUCUGAGUUUGAUGAGGCCUUUGUUGAAACGACUGAGAGGGAUUUGGAAUCUUUAUCGGCCGACCACCUCGACUGCUUCCCGUUUGUGUUCGAUGAGGUGGACGCUGGAUCCACAUGAAUACUUGGUCCAAGCACGUCUGCAGAUGGUUUUUCAUUUCCCAGAAGAGCUAGUAUACUACCAUCUAGAGUUGAACUUCCCUCAUCUGUAA